AUGCGUAAAGUUGUUGUAGUCGACGGCACGUUUCUCAAUGGUAAAUACAAAGGGACGCUACUCACAUCACUAGCUCAGGACGGUAACUUUCAGAUUUUUCCAAUAGCCUUCGCAGUGGUUGACACAGAAAAUGAUGAUUUGUGGCAUUGGUUUUUUACGCAACUAAAAAUUCUGAUUCCUGACGACGAGGAUCUUGCGAUAAUCUCGGAUAGGCAUAACUCGAUAGGGAAAGCAAUUAGAAAUGUGUAUCCGUUAGCUGCUCGGAGAAUAUGCACCUACCAUUUAUAUAAGAACAUAUUGGGACGGUACAAAGGAAAAGAUGCAUUCCGUCUGGUGAAGAAAGCGGCGAGAUGUUUUAGGAUGUCUGACUUUACUGCAAUUUUCGAGGAGAUUGAAGCGAUUAAUCCUGCACUCCACGGCUACCUCCAAAGAGCUGAUGUCCAACUGUGGACGGGUGUUCAUUUCCCGGGCGAGAGGUACAAUUUGAUGACUACAAACAUAGCAGAAUCAAUGAACAGAGCAUUGUCGAAUGCUAGAGGUCUAAACAUUGUUCGAAUAUUAGAAUCGAUACGGGUUAUGAUGACCAGAUGGUUUUCUGAACGGAGAGAGGAUGCCAGAUCGCAGCCAACGACGCUUACGCGUGGUGUCGAGAAACUACUACAUGGUCGUGUAACUGCCGCCAGAGAUUUGACGGUCCAAAGGAUUGAUGAUCAUCACACUGAAGUUAAAUAUGGAUCUUCUAGCGAGUCUUUGAAUGUUGUUAAUUUGGUAGAGCGAAAAUGCACAUGUCGGCGUUUCAAACGCGAGAAAUUACCAUGUGUACACGUAAUCGCAACUUCUGAGUACAACAAUAUUUGUCGUAUAUCCCUGUGCAAUCCUUACUAUAACAGUGCAUAUUUGGUGAGCGCAUACGCUGAACCGGUCAUGCCGGCUGACUCAGCGCAACCUGUUCCAGAAAUCGUGGCUAACCAACUGUGCUUGUCCCCGUCUAUUCGUCAACAGCCAGGAAGACCUAAGAAAAAUAGGAUGAAAUCUGCUUUAGAAGUUGCACUUCAAAAAAAGCGUCCCAGGAAAGAACACACAUGUUCUCGAUAUAGACAGAGUGGACAUAAUGCGAAAACUUGUACGAUGUAA